CGCAUGUCCGCGGCGUGCCCUUCUUUUUCCCCCCCUGGCCCCGCGGGCGACCGGGAAGGGGCCGCCACGACGCACUUCGACCGCCCCUCGGCGCUGGAGGGGAGAAGGACGAGGAAGAGGAAGAACAUUGGAGGACGAGGGCGAGCAGGGCGAGCAGGGCGAGACGGAGGCGCUCGUCACGCCGCCGCCCGGCCGCUCUCGUCGCUAGAGGCGCUCAGGUCGCUGCCUUCCUCGACCUCCGCGCUUCCAGACGUCGCCGUCGGCCCAGAAGAGGCGGUCUGCACCGAUGAGCACCGUGUACUCCCUGGGGCCCCCCGCGCUCGGGAUCUGGACACUACGGUGACGGCGUGGGCGUCGCCCUUGGGACAGCGCAGCACCCCGGCCUCGAACUCCCCGGCGAGGUCGUGGCCUGCGACCCAGCGCGGCCACGAGGGCGGCAGGCUCCAGGCCU